AUGAACGAGUCUGCCCAAGACAUUGAACAGAGGCUUCCAGACGAAAACGAAACUCCAAAUGGCACAUUCAAUGGUUCUCCUGGACCUCAGCUGGAAAAACGCAAUAGGCCAUACGUCUGCAAUCACAAACCCUGCAAUCGCAAAAACUUCAGCAACAAAAGCGGCCUUGAACGCCAUAAGCGCGAAGUGCACAGCUCCCAAAACUUCACAUGCCCAAUACGAUCCUGCGACCGUAGCAAGAAAGGAUUCCACAGACGACACAACCUCGGGGAGCACCAAAAGCGAGUUCAUGGCAUUCGUUCCUCAAAUUCCCCUCGGGCAUUAAGUAUAAAUUCGGAGGAGUUGUCUGAAAGCGAAGAGUCAACCCCGAGUCCUCCAUACGAAAUCGAAGCUGAAGGAGCAAGUCAAGAUAUCAAAAUAACUGAUGUAAUGCCAACUUGUCGGGAGGAUUUGAAGAUCAAACUGCGGGGCUUACGAGCCAUGCGAGAAAAGAUUGACAGAGAUAUUAAGUCAAUGGAGAGGGUUUUGAGAAUUAUGGGCGGCGAAAGGUAG